AUGACUAAUAUUUGGAAUAAAAAUGAAAUAAUCACUCCAAUAUCAGAGUACAAUUUGCUAUAUUAAUAUAACAAGCAUGUCAAUCAAGUCCAAAAUAUCAAAGAAUAACCAAUGAAUGUAGAGAAACCAUUCCACAAAAAGAAACUCAAAUCUUCAACAUCCAAAAAAUUACUCGAAAUCAAACAUCCUGAAAACACUGAGAAUAAAAUAUUGGUGCAAAAAAUCCUAACUAUCAACAAUCAACCUUCGUCUUAUGCUUUGAAUGAGGAUCUACCCAUUAAACCAUCAAAUUUAGGUUAGAAAAUAUUAGAAAUGAGAAAAUUAAUUGAAGAUAAUGAAGGAAUUGAAAAGAGGAUUAAGCAAACUAACAGUGUUAUCAACUUUGAUAAAAUAAAAUAAGAAUACAAGAAAAAUAAAUUAUAUUUAAAGAAUCUUACUGCGCAUUCUCGACGCAUUUACAAUUGCUUUGUUCCAAGAGUGCAAGUUCCAGUGGAGGUUAAAAAAAAGAAGAGAGUUACUGAAAAAAAAAUAGCACAACAAUAGCCAGAAGGGGAAACAGAUAAAAAACUUGUUUAAUAAUUAGAGGAACCCAAUGUGGCUGAUGUGUAGUAGAUGAAAAGCAAAUCAAACUUAGAUCAAGAUAAAUUGAUAUAUUAACUUAAUGAAUUGAAAUUAAAAGAAGACUGUUCAGAACAAUCAGAGGAUGAUUGA